AAUACUUCCUGGUGCAUACGUUUAUUGUCACAUGACAUUUUGUUUCACCAGUGGAAUGUUGACCAACCGAAAGCAGCAUUUUAUCAUAAACUGAUGUAACAUUAAAUGGAACUAUCAUCUCGGUGACAUGACAGCAGCUUGUCAGGUUGUCACCACCAUGUCUCUCAGGGGCGACCGUACCUCGGUGUUCACGUUCCAGUCUACGGUUCACAGCUCCCACGUCCUGACGCGUCUCAACGACCAGAGACUGAGUGAUGUGUUGUGUGAUGUUACACUAGUGGCAGGUGGCAGGACGUUCAGGGCCCACUGCUCUGUACUGGCCUCCUGUAGUGACUACUUCCACAGCAGGAUCCUCAACCACACCAGCCCCAGCCUGGUGCUCACUCUGCCUGAUCAGGUAACAGCAGAGGGGUUUGAGCCAUUGCUACAGUUCUGCUACACCUCCAAGCUGCUCUUCACCAAAGACAAUAUCAUGGCCAUCCACAGGUGUGCCGGGCUCCUGGGGUUUCACAACCUGGAGACGAGCUGCUUCGACUUCCUUCUGCCAAAGUUCCUGGAGGGUAGCAACAUUACAGCCCAGGAGGCAAGAAGAAAAAGAAGAGGAGGCUGUUGUCAGGGCAGGUCCCAGAUCAGGUCCUCCAACCAGGGAAGAUUGCCUAGUGGCAGGUCCCCCGGCCAGAGGAGGUCCCCCAGUGUCGAUUCAGCCCACUGUACAGGCUGUCAGUCUCAAAGCAGGACCCCCAACCAGAGUAUGUCACCCCCCAGCCAGUGCUUGUUGCCUAGUGGCAUUACCCCCAGCCAGGGCUUGUUGCCUAGUGGCAUGACCCCCAGCCAGGGCUUGUUGCCUAGUGGCAUGACCCCCAGCCAGGGCUUGUUGCCUAGUGGCAUGACCCCCAGCCAGGGCAUGUUGCCUAGUGACAGUUUAGCCCACAAUACAGACACAAACCGAGACAGAGAGCAGCAGGUUAUACCUCAUCCCCAGAACACGGGCCCAAGCCAGACAACAGGAAGUGAUGUCCGGAACAUAGGAAGUGACUCCAGGGCACAGUGUUCAACUGCCAACCCAAGUGGAACAAUGUCACACCAGAGUUUAACAGUGCCUUCGGACGGAAACGUACAAAUAAACUUUCUGUCGUCAUCCCGAUGUCCAAAGAGCCUGGCCUUACUAGUCAACCCGGUCAGCAGUGGUCGGGAGCAGUUCUGUUUACAGACCUGUGGCCCCAACAUGUCACCCUUAUCCCUCGGGGGACUGCCGUCCUCCAGUGGUCUUGGUGUCUGUCCCAUCCUGGCCAUGCCGUGUCCUGGUGGCGUUGACCGUAAGCCAGACCCCGACGCCGUUUUCAGUGACAUCCUAGGGAUGGAGGCAGCGGUGUGCCCCAUGACGAUGGGUGAGGGGAGUCUGAGAGAUUGCUGUGAACUGCCGUCCCAUGACGAUGCGAGCCCAUCAGACCUUAUUGAGGCAACGGUUGAAGAGAUGGAUGAUGACCAGCCUGUUGUUGGGAGUCUGAUGGCUGAAGAAGCUGGGUGUAACCCAGGUUCCUGUAGCACGUGCCCACUGAGAGACUCCGGGGUGGUAGAGGAGGCUGAGCUUCAGCUACCUGUAUUGGAUCUCCUGGCAAUACACAAAAGCCCUAACUCAGAAAAUAGUGAGGGGGAGAGCCAUGGUGGAUGCCUUAUGCUCCCAAGGACACGACGAUUAGGUCAAGUAGAUCAGCUACCUGUGUUAAUGCCGAGAGAGGACCCUGGUCUGGAUGCCAGCGUGGCUGUUGAGGGUCAUCUCCCUGACUCUGCCCUCACUGACCCCUCCCUCUCUGACCCCACCCUCUGUGGUCUUACCCCUGAUGGUAGGGGGUAUGGAGACCGGAGCAGCGUAGAAAGGGAGGUGGCUGAACAUCUGGCCAAGGGUUUCUGGCCUGAUUUAUACCCCUCACAGACUGAACCUCUUCCUAAUCUGGACACCAUGGAGCACGGAGGUCUGGGGAGAGUUCCUAAUCUGGACACCAUGGAGCACGGAGGUCUGGGGAGAGUUCCUAAUCUGGACACCAUGGAGCACGGAGGUCUGGGGAGAGUUCCUAAUCUGGACACCAUGGAGCACGGAGGUCUGGGGAGAGUUCCUAAUCUGGACACCAUGGAGCACGGAGGUCUGGGGAAGGCUGCAGACUUCCCCUGGCAGCUAGACCUGAACUCAAAUCCAGCAGACUGUCCCUUCCUUAGAGACCUGGGGACAGGAGAGGCAGGGGGGAUGGAGGGGAUGGAAGAGGUAGGGGAGAUGGGUAAGGUAGGACAGACGGGUGUGAUGGGUGGGGUGGAGGAGACCGGGGAGGCCCAGACCCCCGGUGGGAACCACAGCCUGUCCCAGUCUGAGAUGAGUCCCUACAUGUCAUCUCUUAACUCAGGAGAGGACACAGACGGAGACCUGGACACAGACGGAGACACGGAGAGAGAGGCCAACAACAGGAGAGCACAAGAGGUUCGUCUGCCCUUCCCGGUGGUUCAGAUCUCGUCAGUGAGUCGUAGUGCCUUCCAACAGCUCCUCCGAUGCCAGCAGCUGACCCACGAACAGCUGGAAUUCGUCCACGACGUCCGACGACGCAGCAAGAACCGCGUGGCCGCCCAGCGCUGUCGCAAGAGGAAGCUGGAAGGCAUCAGUAAACUACAGACUGAGAUCGGCACACUGAGAGGAGAGAAGAAGAGGUUGCUGGAGGAGCAGGCCCAUCUGCAGAAGAACAUGGAGGAGAUGUUACAGAGUCUGACAGGGCUGUGUCACAGCGUCUGCAACGAGGCAGGGGUCUGUCAUGAGCAGGACCAGCUACAGCUCCUAUCCAAGCUCCAGUCUCCUGACGUCUCUGUCUCAGCCCUCCUCAACACUCUGGUCUCCCCCAGCCUCCCCCUCUCCUCUCCCGGCCUCCCCCUGGGACUGAAGCCAGAGAGCUUAGAGCCCCAACCCCUGCCUACACCACCAGCACAGCCCUAGAACCAAUCACAGCCCCAACCCCUGCCUAUACCACAACCACCAGCAUAGCCCUAGACCCAAUCACAGCCCCACCCCUGCCUUAACCUGCCCUAGAGAACUGCCCCAAGGCUGUCCCAACCUACUCUAGAGAACUGCCCCAAGGCUGUCCCAACCUGCCCUAGAGAACUGCCCCAAGGCUGUCCCAACCUGCCCUAGAGAACUGCCCCAAGGCGGUCCCAACCUGCCCUAGAGAACUGCCCCAAGGCGGUCCCAACCUGCCCUAGAGAACUGCCCCAAGGCGGUCCCAACCUGCCCUAGAGGACUGCCCCAAGGCUGUCCCAACCUGCCCCAGAGAACUGCCCCAAUGCUGUCCCAUCCUGCCCCAGAGAACUGCCCCAAUGCUGUCCCAACCUGCCCCAGAGAACUGCCCCAAUGCUGUCCCAUCCUGCCCCAGAGAACUGCCCCAAUGCUGUCCCAACCUGCCCCAGAGAACUGCCCCAAUGCUGUCCCAUCCUGCCCCAGAGAACUGCCCCAAUGCUGUCCCAACCUGCCCCAGAGAACAGAACUGCCUAGCGCUACAUAGCAACAUAUAAAUUCAGAGCCAUAUACUGUAUAGACUAUAGAUAAUAUAGAUCUGUUAUUGGAUAUAACUCUAUACUGUA